AGCGCAAGAGGAUGCCAGGCGCACACACAGGUUUCCCACUGCAUGUUGGCUUAACCUUCCCCAAAGGAUGACUAAGGACGGCUGUGAUUAUCUAGUGAGCUUGCAGACCACAAUUGGAGAGAUGCAGGGCGCAAACGUCUCCAAACCAUCGUGCGAAGGCACCAAGAAUUCCAGCUGUGGAUCUGUAUCAGUGGGUUUCCCUAUAACCAUGAUGAUCACUGGCAUGGUGGGCAACACGUUAGCUCUUAUUCUGGUGUGCAUCUCUUACAGAAAGAAGGAAAAUAAAAGGAAAAGAUCGUUCUUACUUUGCAUCGGAUCUCUGGCGUUAACUGACCUGUUCGGACAGCUUUUGACCAGUCCAAUAGUAAUAUCAGUCUACCGAGCUGGUAAGAAUUGGAAGAGUAUCGACCCAUCCGGCCAUUUAUGCGCUUUUUUCGGUGUGUGCAUGACAACUUUUGGCCUGUGCGCUCUCUUCUUGGCCAGUGCCAUGGCAAUUGAAAGGGCUAUGGCGAUAACAAACCCCCACUGGUACUCCAACCACAUGAAGACAAGUGUGACAAAGCAGACUUUGGCUGUCAUUUGGUGUCUCGUGUUGCUCUUUGCGCUGCUGCCCAUUGCAGGGGUCGGGGAAUACACACAGCAGUGGCCGGGCACCUGGUGCUUUAUCAGCACUGGGGACAGAGAGGUCUGGGGCAAUAUGUUUUUCUCCAUCACUUUCGCUGCACUUGGGAUUUUCUCUCUGCUUGUAACACUUUCCUGCAAUGUAGUGACCAUCCGGAGCUUAAUUAUCCGCUGUAAAACAAAGUCUGGCACGUCUCAGUCCUCAAAACAGUGGGAAAGGCUCACCACGGAGACCGUCGUUCAGCUGUUAGGGAUUAUGUGCGUCCUCCUUAUAUGCUGGUCUCCUCUGCUGGGUCUGAUGCUGAGGAUGAUCUCUACCCAGGUAUCCUCCCACAUGUGCAAUUCAACAGCAACAACCUCCAAUCACACCUCGAGCCAGGAUGUCCAUUUGGACUGUAACUUCUUCCUGACAGCGAUCCGCUUGGCCUCCCUCAACCAGAUCCUGGACCCAUGGGUCUAUCUGCUCUUUAGGGAGAUCCUCCUUCGCAAGUUCUGCAUCGUGGCUAACGCAGUGUCCAACUGCUCCAUAGAGGAUCAGAAGGAGCCCCAGGCGGCUCUGGACGCUCUUAAUAAGCAGAACCAUGAUGGCAACAACCUUAAACCACAAAGUAGCUAAGCUGAGCUUUUACAGGAAUUGUUAUCUUGUGACUUUGAAGCCAGAUUGGAUGGAUGUCAAAAUGGAUACAGUAUGGUCUUGGAUGUGAAAAAAAAUGUGGAUUUUUCCAUGUCCACUACAGAAGGACAUUGUGCAGUGGGAGACAAGAGUAGUCUCUAUCAUACUGGUAAUGAGAACCAGCUGAGUCUGUUCUGGGUACUUUUGUUUUGCAUAAAACACAUUCAGAGUCACCUAACCAGCAUGUGGAUGCAUGACCAUGUCACCACUCACAUUUGGCUACAGCGUGGCUGCCAGGAACUCUCUCAUUGCUAGUUCUCAGUUUUUAAAACAACAUCUCCAAGGGCCAAGAAUUGAAUAUGCGUGACUCUAAACUGACUUAUAUGGAAGAAGUGCAUCUUUGAGUCAUUGCUUUCAACAACUUGAAGCCAUAAUCCAACUAAAGGACAAAUGGUUUUUGUGAAUGUCUGUAAAUUAAGAAACUGUAAAUUGCUUAUAUUAAGUUGUAAAUAGCUUUUCCGUGUCUUACAUGAAAUGUAAUAACUUUGUUUAAAAAGGGAUGGGUGGUCAUUUAGGAGAAAAAUGCUAAUCCUAAACUGGAGCCAAUUGUUGAUUGUAAGAUUAUUUAUUAGUGUUUGUCGUAAUAUGAAGUUGGUUGUUUCUGUGCUGAACACUGAUGAAGGGUAUCAGUUGUUGUAAAUGUUAUAAUACACUGUACGUGGUGUUCGUUGAAUAACAGCCAAGACUCUGAAAUGUGAAGCUUUUAGUUUGUUGCCACUUUUCCUCCUGAAUAUGAAUGCACUGGUAAGCUGUUGUGCAAUUAAUUUCUUAGCAAUUUCCUUUUCAGAAUAAAAGAAAAGAUAAAAGAAUAGGCCUCUCUCUCAUCAAAGUGUGUGAGAAAAAGGACUGUAGAUUUGUGCUGUUCAAUAUUAUGAGAUUAUGGAUGACAGGGUGGCCUGUUACUGUAAUUACAAGGCUCUAGCUAUCACUGUCAUCACUAUUGCAUUGGAUUAAAAGUAUUCUUGUUCUGUGAGCACACAGUGUGUAAUUAUAAGCAUACCUAAUUACGCCAGCCAGAACUUUUUGGAGGAAAAGAAAAAUGAUUGGUGCUUUUGACCAGUAGAGAGAGUUUUUUUUUUUUUUUGGAUACAAGGCUGAUGAGUAGAGAUAUAAUGGAAUGAAGAAAGUCAUGUUCAAGCUGCCCAAAACACAGACACCAUAGAAUUUAAAAGAUUAAAGAUCUUGUUGGCCAAAUUUGUUACACCCAAUGUGCUGUGGCUUCACAAGCUUCCAUCAGUGUGAGGGCCAAUAGUCUCAUUAAUAAUUCAUUCUACUGGGUGUUUUAGACAUGUUUGCUUGCUACAUGAAUUCAUGCUUUUAAUUCUGUGGCGACUGCUUUGGACCUGUUGAACGUAUUCCACAAUUUUUUUUCUUAUUGGCCAAAUUGUAUCCUUAUAGCGCUGAUGUUACCUCUAAAUGGAGGUAAAUGUUAGUGUACAGUGCAAUUUCUCAGAGGCCUCAGAUGAAGAGUGACUGGACUUUUUCAGCAAGGUGGUUUAAUGUUAUUUAUGUUGCAUAUCACCAUCUGAUUGCCGUCCAUAGGCCUGCUGUAAAUGUAUUCAAAGAGGUCCCGCAUCUCAGUCAAAGACAUCUCAAGGAUGGACGCUUUUGCUGUCAUGGUAACCCUCAGGUUGCAGGACAAUUUCUCACACCAACGCCACAACUCUGCCUUCUCAGCACAUAAAGCAACAAGACUACGUACACUCUGCUCUGCCCAGUCUUGCCUUUUGUCUUUCAAAUGUGAGAAUACAUACUCACUGAUCAUGACUCUGUUGGAAACUGCUAUGUGCUAAAGCCAUGUGAAAAAUGAAUAUUUAAUGUUUCCAUGCAACGUGAUUGUGAAGCCGGUCUGCCUUAGUAUCCCACCCAAACUAUUAACCUCGGUGAGUGAAAACAAGGACGAUAUUAUGCGUUUUGUUCAGAAACCAACAAUUUUGCAUUAUUUAUAAUUUUUCUGGAGUUUAUUGCCAGUUAUGAAUGUGCAGGGGGGGUUACAUAUUGCACCUUGCUUGUUAACAUGUGAAAACACAAAUGUAUUCAGUUUCAUUAAUGUCUAGGUGCUAUCACACUGACAUGAGGUGUGUUCAUUUUAAUGACUGCUGCUCUAAUUGAGCUUGUGGCUCUGCAUUAUGAGCUUUUAUUCCAAACACAUGUUCACCUCGUGCAGCAGUUAAUAUACACCUCAAAAAGUAACAUCUGCGGUUUAAUCCAUUCAUUUAAAGCAAUGAUUGUGUUUAUUCUCAAGCUGCAGUGGGAUGAGGGAGGUUUUACCGUUUACUCAAUCGGCCUCCAAUCUGCGUCAUGUGAUUAUCUCAGUUCUCUGUCCAGGAGACUCUGAAGCUUCCAGCUCUUCAGUAAAGAAACAAUGAUUACACAAGGGAAUAUGCCCUUAAAGCUAACUGGCCCUACAUGUGGUUGUGAAUUCUCCAGGGUCUUACAUCCCACCCAACCCCCACAGUGGAAAGGAAAAUAGCUGAAUAAUAAUUCAUUCUUUGUAAAUAGAAAACACGAUACAUUUCAACCCUCCUUGAUGGCCCCAUUUAAAGCCUAUAAUGUUUGCCAGGAGUGCUUUCUGUAACAUUACAGUGCUUUUACCGUUAUGAAUGUUCAUUAGUACCAGGAGAGUUAUGGAAAUAUCUGUAUACUCCAGUUUAUUGGUCCACAUGGCAUAAUCUUCAUAGGCAAUGAUAGUUAAUGUCUGUCAAAAUCUAAUUAGCUUUCUGCUACAAACAUGCUAUCACAUAUCAAAAUUACACACAAGCCUCUUUUAGAAAUGAUUCUUUGAAUUAAAUCUUCGACUGUCAGGACUCUUAAGUUUGGUUUGCUCACCUGUUUGAGAGGUGUUUAUGUGUGUAGGGGGAAAAACCAUUUCAGCUGACAAUAACUAACGAGAGUCCUGCACCAGCAUUGAAGGGGGUGUACAAUUACAUAAUGAUUUGAAACAGGCUUUAUGAGGUCCGGAGAAUCCGGCAUUGCCAGCUGGCUCCAUCUCUCUCACUCAAGUCACUAAUGCAUGGAAGUGAUGUUCUGAUUGCCUUGUGAGCUAAUGAGUCACUUGAUGUCUUGAGAUUUCAAGACAAGAACAGAUUGUUUCUGAUAGAAAAAUGUUUGAUCAUUUUGAUAUUUUGCAUUUGUGCUCCAUUUCCAUCUGCCGCAUUGUGAAUACAGGGUUAAGAAAUGAUUUGCUAUGUUGAAGCUUGAAGUCAUACAUCUUUGUUCAGCUUCCUUGGAAAUCCUAGAUUUAAAUGCUUUAGUAUUCAGGUGAUUAUUUUCUGAUGCCGUUGGACACAUAUUGUGCCAUAAUAAUCAUUUUGACGGCCUCUAUCAGCCAGAAGUGAGGUAGAAAAACAGAAAAGCAUUGAAUUCCUGUAAACUUCUGGUGUUGGAUAUAGUCAUCAACUUUACACAACGUCAACAGUUUGUACUUUCUAGACAGAACUGGAUAUCUGGAUAAGAUCUAUUCUCUUUAUUGUUCCUGUGGUACAAAGAAUCACAGACUGGCACAAAUAGUUAACAUGUGAGCAGUUCACUGAUAAAGUACAAGAUGAUCUUUGCUGCCAUUUUGAGCUACCACCAAGUAAAGUUUCCUUCUCCAGUUUCAAUAAUACAAAACAUGUCAUCAUGAGUUUAGCUUGAAGCAAUUUUUAAAAUUAAGAUUCAUUAAAGGUACAAUAAAGUCAAACAUUAAGUGUAAUUAUUGUUCAGAGGGAAGAACUAACCUGGCAGGUACAACAAGCAAAGUGUCACUCAAGUCUGUUUAAAGAGCACACGAUGGUGUCACAUGCUCAUACGAUACAAUGGAAACAGGUUUGGCCCACCAGCCAAGGCUCUACUGAUGAAUGUAAAUAAAUACCGGCUGUCUAUCAGAUGUCAUCUUCUUAUCUUUUGUUCACAUUAUGCCUCUGCUCGUGAAUGUAAACAACUCUGUGCAACUCUGACACACGAUUCUCAGAUGAGGGCUAUUUAAACACUUUCACAGCGUUUCUUUGACAGCACUCUUUUAUUUCUUUAUUUCUCCUUUCAUCCUGUGUUUACAACCUUAUGUAAUUUUUUUACCUUUAACAUACCAUCAUAGACAGUCUUACGUAACAUGAGGUGAGAUGAGGUGAAAAGAAGAAUAUCUACCUACCCAUCAAAGUGUCCUUUUAGUACUUUAUGUCUUUGUCCUCUACUUGACUUCUAUCCAUUCCACAUGCAAUGCACUUUUGAUUCAUUUUGUAGCAGUGUCCUCGUGUAUGCCGUGGUGUAAUGUUUUCUAUUCUAUUAAAGGAUAUGAACAUAUUUUUUCAA